CAUCAUAUCAUUUCCAGUAAUCUGGUUUUCAUCUGCAUUUAAGAUAUAUUUUUUAAACAUUCUAAUCCUUUCGUCAUUUAGAGAAAAUCAUUAGCCAUGUCUCUCAUUUAUUUGAAUCAAUUGCCCCUAGAGAACAUAUCGAUGAAUACAAUUCAACGUAUCGGUCUGAUUCUUGGAUUGAUCGAUUUCCUCUCGCUCCACAUAAUCCUGAACAGGAAGAAAAUCUGCAGUUUUUUAUCAGAAUGCAAAUUUUCAAUCCAAUCCCGAUUGAUUAGGUUCAGUGAUUCCAAAGUCCAGGCUGGAAGGAACGAGGAUUUUGACUUAUCCAAGAAGAAACCGUCCUUCAGAGAGAAGAUGGUUGAUGGAAGUGUGUACAAAGGAGAUAUAGAAAUAGUUCUAAGAAGUAUGGGGAUUUUUUGCAGUCCAGAAGGAGGGGAGCUUCCAGAAAAAUUGGAUGCUAACGAUGUUUUAGACAUGUUUGGAGAGAAGAAUCCUUGUUUGGAUGAAGUGAAAUUAGCUUUUGAUGUGUUUGACCAGAACAAAGAUGGAUUUAUUGAUGCAAGAGAUUUGCAAACGGUUCUAUGUUCUCUGUGCUUAAAGGAAGGAUCAGAGAUAGAGAACUGCAGGAGAAUGAUUAGGGUUUUUGAUGAAAAUGGAGAUGGGAGAAUAAAUUUUAAUGAAUUUGUAAAAUUAGUUGAGUGUAGCUUUUAAUCAAUAUUUUAAAAACCGACCCGACUGUUGACCUGAAAAAGUUAAAGGGUCGAGGGUUGAAAGGUCGAAUCGUGGUCGAAGCGAGAUCGAACCGAUUGUAAUAAAUAAAUAAAUAUUAUAUCAUAAAAAUUGACAAAAUUAAGUUAAUUUUUCAAAUUAA